AAAUACUGUUUCACAAUUUGCUAAUUAAAUGGCAGGCAUUUCGCACAGUCAUACCGAAAUUUCUCACAAAUUAAUACAUAUUCAAUUGCGUACUUAAAAUAACGACGUUUUGGGUUAAGUAUAACUGUUGAGACAGACGUAGGCAGUAGGCAGAGUAUAGGAUUGCGAGAUGAUGCUUCCAAUUUUCUUCUUGUUUGAUUAGACCUAUUUGCUCUACACUUUCACGAGUGGUGCUACUUUAAAAACGUUGACCUGGUCGGGUGUGUUUGGUUAAUUUAGCCUAUACUGGCGUGUGAGACAUCGGCCGUGCAUGUCACUGCUACAGCACAGAUACCGAGCAGAGGCAUCUAUUUGCACGAUUGGCGAGGAAUUAAAAGUGUGCCACAAACAUAGCGUGUUUACAGACGUCCAAGUUUGGUUCCGUGCUCACCGGCUCACUGGUGAAGCCCCAUCCAAAUUACUUGAGAAUUGCGUGAAGGAAAUUCAAAAUUUCUUUAAUCCAUUUUGUAACGAUGUGCGAAUGGCUGUCGCACGGGGAGUGGUGCGAUGUGAAACUCCUGUGCGGCGGGCGCGCAUUCAGCGCACAUCGCGCCGUGCUCGCUAGUGUGAGCGCUUUUCUCAGACAUCUACUUCUUUCUUGUCCAGCAGAGGAGACACCGACGUUCAUUGUCUUGCCAGAUUUCGAUCUCGACGCUAUGGCAUCGGUGCUUUAUUACAUUUAUAAUGGAGAAGUCGUUGUAAAACAGGAGAAGAUUGAAAUGUUUUUAGACAUUGUAAAAGCCAUGCAAAUAUUUGUCGAUAAUCAAUACUUGCCGCCUUCAUCGAGUACACCGGUGUCUAAUAAUUUCAAUAUAAGUUUUCACUAUGAAUCUGAUUUCUCAAAAAGAAACAUAUUUACCUUGGGGUUUGAAGGUUGUACAGAUGAACGUUUCAUUAAUAUAAAGAAAGGCAUGGACAUCCAGGAUGUAUUACAGUAUUCAGAUAGGGACUCAGAUUGCGAAGAUAAGCUGUUACGUAGUCAGAAUCCAAGUGGUGAGCGUGAGUCUUCUUUAGGAAAUCUGAAAUCGCCUUAUGGAGACCGACAAAGGAACUCUUUUCUACGUGAUUUAUUUAUCGAGACAUAUCCUCGAAACGGUAAUGUUAACGGUCUGACGGCAGGCGUGCUAGCAAUAUCAAAUGAAUGCUAUCGUGCUCCGGCAUCUGUGCUCUUGACGAAUGCAAAUGGCAAACAUCUCAGCGCCGACGGCUCACUCUUAGAACCAUAUAAAAAAACGAAAGAGCACAUCAGUCAUUCACCAACAGUACUUCACCUUCGCAAGCAGCAGCGAUGCACUCGAGAUGGACCACAUUUCGGUGAAACCAAAGCUUUGCACGAUCAAUCUUGCCUAAAAGUUUGUGCGGCUGAGAAAAGUUCAAAGUCAGCCAUUUUUGGAACUGAUGUAAAUAAUGUAUUAAGGAACAACGUAGCUUUGUCGACAAACCCUUUAUGUCAGUUCGGAAUGCAAGGACAGCUUCUAUCCAGAUUUUUAGUACCUUCGUUGGAUUUUAGUGUUUCUCCAUCAGUAUUUGAUCCGAUGAUGCAAGCUCAUAAUAAUAAAUCCGUAAUUGACAAUGCUAGUGAUAAAAGUAGUAAAGAAAUAGCCGUAACAACAUCUACUAGAGUAACUAUUUUGAACCAUGUCUUAGAUAGUCCAUGGAGCCCUCGAAUACCAAUCAAUUACAAACCUUUCCGUAGGAAAAAUGAACUUUCAUCGCAGACACAAGUGUUUAAGCAAAAAAGAAUCGAAAGUAACAACGUUAACGAUAGCAACAACAAUGUUCCUAAAGUAAACUCACCAUCGAAUUUGGCUACAGAACCCGCGCCUACCGUUGACUUGAAACAGUAUACAGCAACAUCUUCUGUCCCGCAAGUUAGAAGAGAUGAUUUCAAAUGCACUAUUUGCAAUCAGAUGUUCACGAGCAGUGAGUUCCUAGCAGUACACAUGCGUCGCCACUCCGCAAACGCUCGGUACUCCUGCGGCGAGUGCGGGAAGACGUUCUCCCAGCUGCGGAACUUCAAGUACCACAUGUCCAUACAUAGAGGCACCAGGGAGUUUGCAGCCACCUGCACUGUGUGUGGCAAGUACUUCAACGACAGAGGGUACCUGAGCAGCCAUAUGAAGAUACAUAGGAACCGCAAAGAAUACAAGUGCACACUCUGCCCAAAGUCUUUCAACCAACGCGUCGCGUAUAAUAUGCACGUCAGGAUUCAUACAGGUGUAAAACCGCACGUAUGUGAAGAAUGUGGCAAGGCGUUUUCUCGCAAGAUGUUGCUGAAGCAGCACCAGCGAACGCACUCUGGAGAGAGACCUUAUGCCUGCCCGCACUGCGACAAACGCUUUGCAGACCGCUCCAACAUGACGCUACAUCUACGACUACACACAGGAGUAAAGCCGUUUUCCUGCACGCUGUGUCCGAAGUCUUUCACGAAGAAGCAUCAUCUGAAGUCGCACCUGAACUUCCACACUGGUUCGAAGCCGUACUCGUGCCCUCGAUGUAAGCUAGCCUUUACCCAGUCGUCUAACAUGAGGACUCACCUUAAGAAGUGUCGAGCGCCCGAACCGGUGCCCGGCAGUGAGGUUCCACAGAAUAGCGGAGAUACGACAAUACAAAUGUAAUGUUGGAUCAUGGUCGAUGAAUCGUCGUCAAGAAUUCUUAAUUUAAUAACUUGCCUGCGCAUAUUUUAAUUUUACUUAAAUUAUUUAAUACAUAUUUACCUUACGAAAAUGAAAAUUAAAGUGUCUACUUACUUUGUUUUAACUGAUAGUUUGCUAUGCAAUUAUUUAAUGAACAAUAUGAGCAGUUUAUUACCUACAUAUUUUGAAUUUAUAUUAACUGACUCCUGUUUCAGUCGUUUACAGCUGUUUUAUUUUAAUUUGAAACUGUCAUUACUGUUUCUCUACUUGCGUAGCAAAAUGUGAGAAAGUCUAUUUAGUGUUAUCGAAUCAUGGAAACUGAAAGUUAUACUUUCGAUGUUAUAUGUAUACAGGUAUCUACUUAUUUAUAUCAGCAUUGUUGUUUGUGUAUUAAUGAAAUAAAAUAAUUAUAUAGGUAUAUAUUUUCUAUGUGUGUUGAGUAAUAUUAAGUAGUUAUAUUUUUUUAUUACAUUGAAUCUCACAAACUUGCAUUUUAUUUCGUUGAUAUUUACUAAACAGGGUUGGAAUAUAUAGGGUGGGUAAUAAAGUGUAAUAAAACCAUGAUUUAUAUUUUUACUCCCGUUUUAAUGAAUUUGGUGUUGUAAAAUAAUUAUUAUUGAUCAAGGUGUACAAAAUUACAGGCCUUUACAGUAUGUAGGUAAGUUUCUGGCGCAUUAAGUAGUUUACAAUAUUACCUAUACUCCUUACGAGGUGUAUGCGAGUACAUUAUAUUUAUACAUAAUAGUAGCAAAA